AUGGACUGUUGUGAAUUAAUGUGCUCAAAAACAAACUGCUUUGAGGAAAACAUGGAACUUGAAAAAUCACAAACGCUUGAUAAAUAUGAGCUUGUUAAGGAUGAGAACAAAAGAGUUAAAAACGAAAAUGAGUCACUGAAAAAGAAAAUCAAUGAGAUGUCGGAAGAAACAAACAUAACAAUAACUAGAUAUAAAAAGGAAUUGGAAAGACUUAACACGAAAAUCGGAGGUGUGGACACUGAAAUAACAACGGUAAAAGAUAAUGAUAUAAAAGAAGCGACAGUAAAAAAGAAAAAGAAAGAAGAAUAUGAAGAUCUGAAAAAGCCAAAACCCAACAUUGAAGAAAAAGCCGAAACAAAACAGAAAAUGGCCAACAAAGGAAAAGAAGUAAUAACGAAAGAAGAAAUAGUUGAAAUUGAAGAUCAAUACUCAGAAGUACAAAAUGACUUCUGUGAAAUAAUGCCAAGUGAAAAAUCACAAAAAGCUGAAAAAGAAAAACAAGAAGAUACAAAUGAAAAGAAAAGUGUCAAGAAACCCAAAUUGAGAGACGAUACUGAUGAUGAAUUUAAACGAAUAGAGAAGAAAUUGGUAUUUAAUGAAGGGAGUGAUUUGAAGAAAAGAGAAAAAGAUUAUUCAUGA